AUGAAUCGACAUAAAAUAUCCCAUGGUAAGCCUCAACAUUGUUGUGAUAUAUGUGGAAAAGUUUAUAAAAUUAAAAAAUCACUUGAUGAUCACAAAAAGACUCACGAUGUAGAUUAUACCAAGCCAUCUGUAGAGUGUCCACAAUGUUCAAAAACAUACGGCAACACCUACAUUCUGAAAUGUCACAUCAAAUCCGAACAUUUGGGAGAAAAGAAAAGUUUCUUGUGUUCUAUUUGUGGAAAAAGUUUUACAACUAAACAUUCAUUAAAAGAACACUCCAACGCUCAUACAGGUUCGAAACCCCAUAUAUGUGAUGUUUGUGGUAAGGGUUUUAAUUAUGAAUCUGCUUUACGUGAUCACAAACACACUCACACUGAAGAGCGAAGAUUCUCUUGUGUCGUUUGUAAUAAACACUUUUCUCAACGAUCAAGUCUUAAAAUGCACAUGCGUAUUCAUGCAGUGGAGAAGAAAUUUGUGUGCUCGGAUUGUGGGCGUGGGUUUACUCAGAAACAAGCGUUACAACGACAUGAACGCGUGCAUAAAGGAUUUAAACCGUUUGUCUGUAAAUUCUGUCGCAGAACAUUUACUGAUUCUUCCAUCAUUAGACGCCAUUUAAUUCUUGUACAUAAAAUUCACAAAGAUUCCAAUUACUUUCCUUGUGAUGUUUGUGGUCGUAUUUUUGGAUUCAAUAAAGAUUUAACAAGACAUUUAAAAAGUCACCAAAAACCUCAAAAUUGUUGUGACAUUUGUGGGAAAUUGUACAAGGGACUGAGAUCAUUGGCAGAACAUCGAAAAACUCACGAAGAAAAUUACGAAAAACCUGAAUUUCAGUGUGAUGUUUGUGAAAAAUCAUUUAGUACAAAAUAUGUACUGAGCUAUCAUGUGAAAUCGGAACAUCUCGGACUGAAGCGAACAUAUUUAUGUCCAACUUGUGGGAAAAGUUUUUCUCAGAAACACUCGUAUCUUCAACAUGCAAAUGUUCAUCUCGGUAUACGAAACUAUAAAUGUGAUAUGUGUGAAAAAACGUUCGCUUACGAAAAAUCGUUACGCGAACAUCGAUUUAUGCAUGAUAAUAUUCGUAGGUUUAAAUGUAAACAGUGUGAAAAAUCAUUUCGUCAAUCUUCAGCUCUGGCUAUCCACGCCCGUAUUCACAAAGUGGUCAAAGAUUAUGUGUGCUCAUCAUGUGGUCGAGGUUUCAGUCAAAAACAAGCACUGAAAAGACACGAACGAAUACAUCUAGGAGAAAAACCUUUUGUCUGUAGCUUGUGUUCAAAACAUUUCACAGAUUCUUCCGUUCUUAGACGUCAC